CCAUGUAUAUAUAUAAUUUUUUUAUAAAGAAAAAGAAGAAUUAGAAUAUGAUUCAUAAUUCUCUCUCUCAUUUGUCCAAUCAUCUGGGUGUAAUGUCAACCGGAUUCCGGUAAUAAUCUCCACUGUCCGUAGUACCCUUCAAACCGUUUCAUAUAUAAAAUCGCCCAACCUCCAACCAUAUGUUUUUCAAAUAAGCCUAUAGUGCUAUGUGAUAUACCAUUUUUUUUAUAGAGCACGUAAAUCAAGAAGCAAAGCUCAGAAAUAAAGGCUUGCCAAUAUGGCUGAGGAGUUUCAAGCUAGGAUUUGUGGCGAAAACUGGUGGAGUAGUACAAUUGAUUCAACACGAAGUGUAUUCCCUCUAAGCUCAUCAUUGAUAUCUUCUUCUCCUUGUUCCGUGGCAGCUAAUGAUGCAGGAAACUAUACCACUCGCCAAACUACUGGCAUAGAUUUGAAACCAACUAAUAAGUGUUGUGCUGAAGAGACCAACAAUUUGGUUUCAGAUACUUACCUUGGUUUUGUUGAAGCACAGAAGCCACAUAAGAGUGAAUUAGAAUCAGCCAUGAGUGGAAGUGGUAGCAUAUUGAUCGAUUCCACCUUACAGAUGAUGGGUUUUGGCCUCACAUCUUCAACAUCACAGAAUUGGAAUCAGCCUCUAUUAUUUCGUUGUAAUGGAAGGGCAGAGAGCAAUUUCCAUUCCAUGCUUCAGGAAGAAACGGGAAUAGAUUCUUCUAAUUAUUCACAAAGGGAUUGGAUCCCAAAGAGCUUCUCCUCUGGUGGUGGAAACGAAAUUGAUGAUAAUUUCAAGCCAUUGAACAAGGAAUUUUGCGCAGAUCACCACCAGAGUCUGAGUUCUUUAACAAGCACUACAGGGUUAUCAAUUGGAUCAGCCUCAUCAUAUGGUAACCCUUCAACGUUACAAGGCUUAUUAUAUGACCCUGAUCCUCAUCCUCAUCCACAACCUCAGCACUCACUUUUCACCAACCGUCCCAUGUCCUAUUCAUCAAAAGCAACUUAUGGGACACCCUGCACUGAACUACCUCCAACAUGGCCUAAAGUCUCUACUUUUUUGAAGCCCACACCAAUUGCAAAGAACCACCCUAUUGGACUUCCCUUUUCCAACAACACCACUUUCUGGAAUGCUUCCGCCGAGGCACUUAACGACAUAAGAGCAGGUACUUUUGCUUCACCACAAUCGCAAUAUCAAACGCCAACCUUUGAUGAAGAGAAACCCAAUUGCCCAAGAACUCUAUUAAACAAGCUCAACGGUGAAGAAACUCUAGACUCAGCAUCAAUGGCGAAGAAAAAUGUUUGUGAACCACCAUUAAAGAGGCCAAGAAUUGAAACUCCAUCCCCAUUACCAACUUUUAAGGUUCGGAAAGAGAAGCUAGGGGACCGGGUCACUGCUCUUCAGCAAUUAGUUUCACCUUUCGGAAAGACCGACACAGCAUCCGUUCUUCAGGAAGCCGUUGAUUACAUUAAGUUCCUUCACGACCAAGUCAAUGGUUUGAGUACUUCAUACAUGAAAAAUGGAGCUCCCAUUCAACAGCAACAGGGCUGUGAUGAUUUGAAAGAGUCAGAAGGACCACAAGAAGAUUUAAAAAGCCGAGGGCUAUGUCUGGUACCGAUAUCAAGCACGUUUCCGGUGGCAACAGAAACCACUGCUAGUGCUGAAUUGUGGACGCCUACAUUCAGAGGCGCACUCUUAAGGAGGGUGAAGCAAAUGUGAAGGCACAGUUGAUGAAGAGAAAAGGUGAAGAAAACAAAGGAUGAAAAGAAGGAAAAGCGAGAAAAGAAACAAACGAAGUGACCCUUCAAAGAUGCUGGGCCAUGCACAAGCAGAAUGAUGUGUGGUUGCAAAUGAUUAGAGACCACUGGAAGAGAAAUAAAUAACAUAUAUAGUUUAUUAUAACUGGGUGCUACAAGGUUAAUAACCCCAUAUGUUAGUUAAUUUGUGGUUGGUACUUGGUGAGAGUAUCAGCUACAUUUGACAAUAGAUUAUAGAUAAUGUGUUGCUGGUUCUGGUAGAGAAUAUAUAUAUGUGGCAGAAUUUAGCGGAUGUAAUUUUAUUAAAUGUCUUUUAUAUUGUUUCCUGACAA